UCAAAAACUGGAGAAACAGGAAUUAAAUCAUGUGAUGACUGAGUGUUCUUGGCAGCUCAUUAGAAAAAUAUUACGGAUGAUUGGUUUUCAAGAAGAUGAUUGGUUCUUCAAAGUUUUUUUAUUGUUUAGAUUGAAAGUCAAAUUUCCCAACUCACUUUACAUGAAAGACAAUUAAGAAACGAGAACGAGGCUUUAAAUGAGGAAAAAUCUGCUUUGGUCGAAAAAAUUAAGGAGUACGACAGUAGCUUGAAAGAGUUACAAGACCAUGUCAUUCAGAGAACAAAAAUGGCGGAGCUGGAAAAAGAAAAUUACAAACAAUGCUUGCGUCGAUAUCAAGAUUUAGUCGAAGAAAAAGAAUUUCUAGAUGUCAACAUUAGCAAUCUCUCCUCUGAAAUAGAAGAUCUACGCAUUCAAAACAAAUCACUGUUAGACCAACAACAAAACUGGACUAAUUCCAGUAUCCAUUAUGAACGCCCUGUUUCUCCAAUUGACCCACUAGAUGAUAAUUUUGAUGUUAACUCCAACACGGACAUGUUUCAAUAUCGUGCUGCUUCUCCUGAGAAUAUGGCAAAUAAGAGUACCGCAUCGUCAAUUUUCAGUGACAUUCAAAUAUCCGCUACUCCUGCUACUCCGCUUAUUCAAACUCCAAAUGGCUUGACACCUUUGAAACAACGUUCAUUCGAUCAGAGCAAAAAUAUUCUAACUUCAUCACCGAGAAAACAAAUUUACAAAAAUUCUGUCCAGACUCCAAUACGACUUGCCUCAUCAAACCAAACAGAAUUUAAAGUCAUUUUCACUGGUGAUGUUAAUGUAGGCAAGACAAGUUUAAUUCGUCGUAUUUGUCACAAUAAAUUUCGUGCGAACAGGGAAAUGACUUAUGAGGCAGAUUAUUUAACUAAAGUGGUCGAACAUAAAGACCAAAAAGUCCGUUUAAAACUUUGGGAUACAGUCGGUCAGGAAAGAUUUAACAGUAUACCCCCGUCAUAUUUUCGUAAAUCUGACGUCGUUAUAUUGAUGUACGACAUUGAGGAAGACACCUCAUUUUUUAACGCUAAAACCUGGAUACGUACAAUUCACGACUACACGACUGAGCAUGUCUUCCUGGUUUUGGUUGCAAACAAGUCAGAUUUGCAUCAUAAACGAAGAGUACAAAAAGAAAAAGGGGAGCUACUUGCGAAGGCUCAUGAUGCUAUGUAUGUAGAAACUAGCGCAAAAACAGGCGAGAAUGUAAACACUCUCUGCGAUAUGAUAGCUAGCACUUUGUUAGAACGUGAAGAUACCGUAUUUAUUCGAAAUAAUUUCGAGAACAAUUUAUGCAGUCUAAGUUACUCGAAGAGAAAAAUGGCAGCUCCAUCAAUAUGCUGUCAGUAAAAACUCGCAAUUCGCUUGUUGGUGAAUCUCUAAAUCGGAGCCUGAAGAUUCAUGUAUUAGUUUUGACUAUACAGCCUAUCAAUAUUCUUAGAAUUGUAACAAAUUGAAACAUGAGAAGAUAAACAUAAAAAAAAAACAUUUUACAGCCAACUAUGUCGAGACUUCGUUUGAUCACAUAUGAAGACAGUACAAUAAAUGUUAGCAUUUUACUUCACAGUAUUAGAAUAUUUAUAUACAGAUGCACCAUAUUGCAUUUUCUCUAAUCAUAAUAUACAAACUAGAGAGGUUAGUAUAAGCGCUUCGAUCGCAUUCCGCGGUGACGCUGCUUUUUGUAUCACAUGAACAAACAGCUGCCCUGAACUUAUGCAACAUAUUUAGAAGUUGCAGUCAUUACUCCUUUAUUGAGAAGUUUUCACGUGAAAAUAUCACCUUUUCCCUAGCAUUAAUAACAGCUACAGUAAAAUAUUUUUUUAUAUACUUUCAAGAUUGUAGCGCAAGUUAGAAAUUUCUUUCCUGCAUCUUAUCGGAGAAAUUUUUUUCUCUCCGUUAAACGCUUAUCUAUUAUUGCCUAGUUUUGGCUUUGACAAUUGCAUUCCGUAGGGUAAAGUGUUAAAAAGGACUGUAUGUGCUAGAAGGUUACCAAGGCAACUAGGGAAAUUUUUUUUAAAAUUUUGGAACUCACUUUGAGAAUUUAACGUGUUGACAUUUUGUGAAACUUUAAAUAAAACCUUUUUCUUUGAGGAUGGUAUACACCAUCAAAAAUAUUUAAGACUC